AUGCAGUCAAUGGGAGCGACCACUCAUCAGGACCUGCAGCAUUGUCUGGAAAGGGAGUCUUUGGCCCGACGGGCAGCUGAGGAGCGCUUGAGCUUGGCGGAGCACCCGCUGAAGGAAAGGGACGCUGAACUGAGCUGGCGGAGAGUCUCUGCUGGUCAGCCAGCGGCUCCAGAAGCCAGCAAGAGCCCAGAUGGCGAUGUUCUGGCGCUGGUCACUCAACUUCAAGCUGACAUGAAGGAAGCUGCAAAGAUGUUUGCUUGUGCACAGACCCAGCAGGCCAGCUGCGAUCGACUUCGGUCCUGUCCUGAGCAGGCAGACCUGCAGGCUAUUGAACUGAAGACGGGAAACUUGAAAUUGAGAAAGGCUGUCGAUGACAAGAGGGCCAAAUCGAUGAGCUGCACAGAGGCACAGGCACCACAGGUGACAAGCCCUGCUGCUGCAGGCCUCUCCCUGCAACUGCACAAAGAAGUGGAAAAUGGGCGAGCUGAGGUGGCACGACUGAAAGUCGACAAGGAUCGGUACAAAGACCUUGCGAGGUCAAACAAAGCAGCCCUCAGCACUGUUGAG